GACGGUUGACGAUGAAGCGAUGGCGGCGUGAAUGAAGGCCUGGUGAGGAGGAAACGAUGCCCAAGGGUGGGUGUUCUAGAACCCCACAGCAGGAGGAGCGUUCCCUGAGCAGCGACAUGGUGGAGAAGCAGCCCGGGAAAAAGGAUAAAGAUAAAGUUUCUCUAACCAAGACCCCAAAGCUGGACCGCACUGAUGGCGGGAAGGAGGUGAGAGAGCGAACGACCAAGCGGAAGCUGCCCUUCACUGUGGGCGCCAAUGGAGAGCAGAAGGACUCGGACACAGAGAAGCAGGGUCCCGAGCGGAAGAGGAUUAAGAAGGAGCCUGUCACCCGCAAGGCCGGGCUGCUGUUCGGCAUGGGGCUGUCCGGGAUCCGCGCUGGCUACCCGCUCUCGGAGCGCCAGCAGGUGGCUCUCCUCAUGCAGAUGACGGCCGAGGAGUCUGCCAACAGCCCAGUGGACACGACACCAAAGCACCCCUCCCAGUCGACAGUGUGUCAGAAGGGGACGCCCAAUUCUGCCUCAAAAACCAAAGAUAAAGUGAACAAGAGAAAUGAGCGUGGAGAGACCCGCCUACACCGGGCGGCCAUCCGGGGGGACGCCCGGCGUAUCAAGGAGCUCAUCAGCGAGGGGGCGGACGUCAACGUCAAGGACUUCGCAGGCUGGACUGCACUGCACGAGGCCUGUAACCGGGGCUACUACGAUGUCGCAAAGCAGCUGCUGGCCGCCGGCGCAGAGGUGAACACCAAGGGCCUGGAUGACGACACGCCCUUGCACGACGCCGCCAACAAUGGGCACUACAAGGUGGUGAAGCUGCUGCUCCGGUAUGGAGGGAACCCUCAGCAGAGCAACAGGAAGGGCGAGACGCCGCUCAAGGUGGCCAGCUCCCCGACCAUGGUGAACCUGCUGCUGGGCAAGGGCACCUACACGUCCAGCGAGGAGAGCUCGGCCGAGAGCUCCGAGGAGGAGGAGGAGGACGACGCCCCAUCGUUCGCACCUUCCAGCUCAGUCGACGGCAAUAACACGGACUCCGAGUUUGAGAAAGGUCUGAAGCACAAGACCAAGAAUCCGGAGCCCCAGAAAACUGUGACCCCCGUCAAGGAUGAGUAUGAGUUUGACGAGGACGACGAGCAGGACAGAAUCCCUCCCGUGGACGACAAACACUUGCUGAAAAAGGAUUACAGGAAGGAAACUAAGUCAAAUAGUUUUAUUUCUAUACCCAAAAUGGAAGUGAAAAGUUACACUAAAAACAGCACGAUUGCACCAAAGAAGGCGUCUCACCGCAUCUUGUCGGACACGUCAGACGAGGAGGACGUCGGUGUCGCCGUGGGGACCGGGGAGAAGCUGAGACUCUCAGCUCACACGAUGCUGCCUGGUAACAAGACACGGGAGCCUUCCAACUGCAAGCAGCAGCAGGAGAAAAAUAAAGUGAAAAAGAAGCGAAAGAAAGAAAUCAAGGGCAAGGAAGUGCGGUUUGGGAAGAGGAGCGACAAGUUCUGCUCCUCCGAGUCCGAGAGCGAGUCUUCGGAGAGCGGCGAGGACGGCGGGGGCUCGGCGGGGAGCCCCGGCUGCCUCAAGGAGUCCCCGCUGGUGCUGAAGGACCCUGCCCUGUUCAGCUCCCUGUCCGCCUCCUCCACCUCGUCCCACGGCAGCUCCGCCCCCCAGAAGCAUAACCCCAGCCACGCGGACCCGCACGCCAAGCACUGGCGGACAGACAACUGGAAAACCAUUUCCUCUCCAGCCUGGUCCGAGGUCAGCUCCUUAUCAGACUCCACGAGGACGAGACUGAGCAGCGAGUCUGAUGGCUCCUCCGAGGGCUCCAGCGUGGAGUCGCUGAAGCCGGUCAGGAAGAGGCAGGAGCACAGGAAGAGGGCCGGCCUGCAGGGCGCGCUGCCCGAGCGGAAGAACUCCUUCCACCCUGGCGGGGACGGCGCCAUCCCCAAGCUGGACAAGGAGGGCAAAGUCGUCAAGAAACACAAGACGAAGCAUAAACACAAAAGCAAGGAGAAGGGGCUGUGCUCCGUCAGCCAGGAGCUGAAGCUGAGGGGCUUCACCUGCGAGUACGAGGAUGGCAAGCAGAGGGCGGACAAGGCGGCCCUCCUGGAUGGCGCGCCGGCGGAGGGCAAGCUCAGAGGCCCGAAGCACGAGAGGGACCCCUGUAAGAAGGAGGAGCAGCCCAGCAGAGUGCAGUCGGAGGAGAGGGAGUGGCUCUUCAAGGGCGAGACGGCCCAGGUCUCCCGAGAGGAGAAGCCGCUCAAGAGAAUCAGGGAGCUGAGCAAGGACGGGGGCAGGGCCUUCCGGGAGAGGGAGCGGUGCGGCAAGGCCGACAGGGAGGGGCCGCUGAAGGAGAAGUCUCCGAGGGAGGAGAAGCUGAGGCUCUGCCAGGACGAGAGAAGGAAGAAGCCCAGGGACAGGCCCUCGAAGUUCGAGAGAAAGAGUGACUUUAAAGAGGAAAAAGUUCCUAGAGAGAGGGAGAAGCCCGAUAAACUCAGAAGGGUGUAUAGGGAGGGGUCUGCUUUGGACGGCUACUGUGACGAAGGUCAGUUCCUGGACGACGACGACGACACCAAGUUUAGCCUUUCCGACGACCAGGAGCGGUGGUUCUCUGACUUGUCAGAUUCGUCCUUCGAUCUCAAAGGGGAGGACAGCUGGGACUCUGCCGUGACAGACUACAGGGACAUGAGGGGCGAGUCUGUGGCCAGGCUGAUCCUGGGGACGGUGAGGGAGGACGGCAGGGAGAAGAGGCGGGGGAACAAGGCCCGGGAGAGGCGCACGGACAGGGCCGCCUUCUCCCGCAAGAAGGGCAGGGGCUGCCCGGAGCGGGGCCGAGAGCACGCCGCCGACAGGCGCAGCGCCGCGCCCGGCCGCCUCUGCGAGAAGGACAGGAGGCGGCGGGGGUGUGCGGAGGGCGGCCGGGACCGGAAGGAGCCCCCCGAGGCCGCCAGGGAGCGGAGGGAUGGCCGUGCGAAGCCCGAGGAGGCGCACGGGGCGGACCUGAAGGAGGGCGGCGGCGAGGGCGUCUUCAAGGACCGGCCCGACUGCGACCUCGGCAAGAGCCCGGAGCCCUGGGAGCGGCACCAGCCGGCGAGAGAGAAGGAGAGGAAGGGGAGGCCAAAGCCGGAGCGGCACAGAGAGAAGCCCGGGGGCGGGGGCAGGGGCGAGAGGCCGAGCCUUGAGCGGCGCCAGAAGGACAAAGAGUUCGAGAAGUGCCCUAGAGAGAAAAAGGACGCCAAGGAGAGGCACAAGGAUGUGCACAGCAGGGACAGAGAGAGAAAAGCGCCUCUCGACCACGGUGCAGACAAACGGGAGAAGGCUUUCCCCGGGACUCCCUCCGAGGACGUCUCUGAGAAAAAAGAUGAGAAGAGGGGUAAAGAGAAAAGCUGGUACAUUGCAGAUAUCUUCACUGAUGAAAGCGAAGAUGAAAAAGAUGAUGGCGCGGCGAGCGGGUCCAAAGCCGGGGAGGCCGGCGAGGGGCGGGGCGACGGCCCCCCCGAGAGGGAGGACGGGCGGGAGCCGCACCCCACCGACAGGCACCGGAAGCGCUCGGCCGAUAGGCAGCCUGCGGAGAAGCAGAAAGACAAGGAAACCAGAGAGAAGAGGAAGGAGAAGGGCGCCGCGGACGGGGGGAGGGGCAAGCGCGCGCGCGCCCCGCCGCGGCACAGAGCGCGGAGGGACGGGGAGCCCGCGGAAAGGCACAAGGACAGGAGGGACCGAGCGUCGGCGGACUCCGCCCCGGACAAGAGGAACAAGCAGAGGCUGCCCGAGAAGGGGGAGAAGAGGCCCCCCGCGGAGGACAAGGCCCGCAGCGGGCACCGCGAGGGGCCGAAGGCGGGCAAGGGCGCCGACGCCGAGAAGAGCCUGCUGGAGCGGCUGGGGGCGGCGGCGCUGCAGGACCUGCGCGAGGACUCCAACGACAAGGCGAGCGACGCGUCUUCAGACGGCUUCCCCGACCGCGGCCGUGACCCGGGCCUCGGCGCCCUCCUGGAGGCGCCCUUCCCGGAGCCCCCGGAGGAGCGGGCGCGGGAGCGGGAGCGGGAGCGGGAGCGGCACCGGCACGCCUCGUCCUCCUCCAAGAAGAGCCACGACCGAGAGCGGCUCAGGAAGGACAAGCCCGAGAAGAAGGAGAAGGGCGACGAGCGCAAGGACGCGGGCGGCCAGUACGGGAAGGAGGGCCCCGAGGCCGGCGCCUGCGGCCCGCCCUGCGGCCCCGAGGCCGACGCGGAGGGCGAGCCGGAGAAGGCCGCCGAGCCGCUCGCUACCGAAAAGAAGGAGAAAAGCGACCCUGACAGAGAGCCUCCCAGGAAGCCGGAGAAGGAGCUGAGGCCCUACGGCUCUAGCACCGCGAGCCUCCUGAAGGAGAAGCGGCGGCGCGAGCGGCACCGGGAGCGGUGGCGGGACGAGAAGGAGCGGCACCGGGAGCGGCACGGCGACGGGCCCCCGCGGCACCACCGGGAGGAGCUCAAGCCCGCGGCCAGGGACAGGGACAACCCUCCCGGCCCCUCCCGAGACAAGCCCAGGGACGAGGGCGGGAAGCUUGGCGAGGCCAGGCUGAAGGAGAGGGCCAAGGAGAAUCUGGAGAAGGAAAGGGGCGACCCCGUGAAGCUCAGCAAUGGGAACGACAAGCUCCUCGCGGCCAGAGACCCGGGUAAGAAAGACGUGCGGCCCCGGGAGAAGCUCCUGGGCGACGGGGACCUGAUGAUGACGAGCUUCGAGCGCAUGCUCUCCCAGAAAGACCUGGAGAUCGAGGAGCGCCACAAGCGGCACAAGGAGAGGAUGAAGCAGAUGGAGAAACUGCGCCACCGGUCCGGUGACCCCAAGCCCAAGGACAAGGCCAGGCCCGCCGAGGACGGGCGGAAGAAGGGCCCGGACGGCCCGCCGAAGAGGCCGCUGGGGCCGGACCCUGCCCCGAAGGACAGGAAGCUGAAGGAGCCAGCUCCUGCCGCCCCUGCUGCCGAGAGCAAGCCCCACCCGGGACCCGCGGCGGACCCCCGAGACUGGCUGGCAGGCCCCCACAUGAAAGAGGUCUUGCCCGCUUCCCCCAGGCCGGACCACGGCCGGCCCACCGGGGUCCCCACCCCCGCCUCGGUGGUGUCCUGCCCCAGCUACGAGGAGGCCAUGCACACGCCCCGGACCCCGUCCUGCAGCGCCGACGACUACCCCGACCUCAUGUUCGACUGCACAGACCCCCAGCCCGUGUCCAGCACGUCCGCCGGCGCCUGCUCGCCCUCCUUCUUUGACAGGUUCUCCGUGGCCGCCAGCGGGACCUCAGAAACGCCGGGCCAGACACCUACGAGGCCGCUGUGCGCGAACCUUUACCGCUCGGUGUCCGUGGACAUCAGGAGGACCCCUGAGGAAGAGUUCGGACUCGGGGACAGGCUGUUCAGACAGCAGAGCGUCCCUGCGGCGCCCAGCUACAGCUCGCCGGGGCAGCACCCGGAGGACAAGGCCCCGGGGCCCCCAGCACCCACCGAGAAGUUCGCCUGCCUGUCUCCGGGGUAUUACUCCCCGGACUAUGGCAUCCCCUCCCCCAAAGCGGACGCCUUGCACUGCCCGCCUGCGGCCGCAGCCAACAUCACCCCCUCCCCAGAGGGCGCCUUCUCUGGCUUACCGACAAAGUCCCCGCCUUCACACAGAGACGAGCUCUUGGCCCCGUCCAUGGAGGGGGCCCUUCCCCCUGACCUUGGCAUUCCCCUGGAUGCCACGGAGGACCAGCAGGCCACCGCGGCCAUCAUCCCCCCGGAGCCCAGCUUCCUGGAGCCCCUGGACGAGGGCCCUUUCAGCACCGUCAUCACAGAGGAGCCGGUCGAGUGGGCGCACCCCGCCACCGUGGAGCAGGGCCUCCCCUCUGGCCUCAUCGGGGGCACCCCCGAAAACCCCGCCAGCUGGCCCGUGGGGUCGGACCUCCUNNNNAAGUCCCCACAGAGAUUCCCGGAGUCCCCGAAACAUUUCUGCCCUGCCGAGUCUCUCCACCCGGAGCCCCCUUACCCGGUGUCGCCCGUCUCAUACCCUCUGUCGGUCCCCGAGCCGGGACUGGCCGUCAAGGGCGAGGCCGGGGCAGCAGUCCCGGCCGCGGUCUCUGCUUCAGAAGGGCCAGCCGCGUGCGCCCCUCCCUCCAGGCUGGAGCCCUUCUUCAGUAACUGCACGUCCCUUCCGGACGCGCCCCCCGAGCCUGCGUGCGUGACAGCCGUGGCUCAGGUGGAGGCCCUGGGUCCCCUGGAGAACAACAACUUCCCGGAAAGUGGUCGCAGCCUGUCUGCCCUCGGCCAGGUGGAGCCGGUGCCCUGGCCCGGUGCCUUCCCCGCCGCCGACGAUGACCUCGACCUGGGGCCUUUCUCGCUGCCGGAGCUUCCUCUCCAGACGAAGGAUGUUCCCGACGUCGAAGCAGGGCCUGUGGAAGAGAGGCCUCUCGUUCCUCUGGACGACACGCCCGCGCUCCCGAGCGGCGGGGGUGUCUCGGUGGCAGCUGUGGCAGCUGCUGACGAACAGCUGGUGCUGCCUCCUGACCAGGUGGCCGCCCGGCUCACGACCGAGCCUGCGCCUGAGCCCCCAGAGGAGCCAAAGCCAGUCGCGCUGCCCGAGGCCACGGUGGAGGCCGGGGCCGGGCCGGAGGGGAGGGCCCCCGAGGACUCCGACCCUGGCUCCGGGCCCACGCCAGCCCCCUCAGAGCAGCAUCCACCGGGGGGUGGGGACGAGCAGGCCCAGGGCCCAGACCCCUCGGCCGUGCCCCACAGCGCUCCCAACGCCCCCGGGGACGGCUCGGCCCGGGCCCGCGCAGCGGAUGGGGCCGGCCCCCAGGACCGUGCCGGGCUCGAGGGGCCUCCGGACGGCGUCCAGCCUGAAGCCCCCGAAGCGGAACCCAAGCCGGCAGCAGAAGCCCCAAAGGCGCCCAAGGUGGAGGAGACCCCCCAGCGCAUGACCAGGACCCGGGCCCAGAUGCUGGCCAACCAGCACAAGCAGAGCUCGCCCCCCAGCGAGAAGGAGCUUGCAGCUGCACCCACCCCCAGGUCCAAGGGCCGCGGCUCUGAGGAUGACGACCCCCAGGCCCAGCACCCGCGCAAACGCCGCUUCCAGCGCUCCAGCCAGCAGCUGGCCCAGCAGAUGCACACGUCCACGCGUCAGACGCGGGAGGUGAUCCAGCAGACGCUGGCUGCCAUCGUGGACGCCAUCAAGCUGGACGCCAUCGAGCCUUACCACAGCGACAGGUCCAACCCGUACUUCGAGUACCUGCAGAUCAGAAAGAAGAUCGAGGAGAAGCGCAAGAUCCUCUGCUACAUCAGCCCGCAGGCGCCGCAGUGCUACGCCGAGUACGUCACCUACACCGGCUCCUACCUCUUGGACGGCAAGCCGCUCAGCAAGCUGCACAUCCCCGUGAUCGCGCCCCCUCCCUCCCUGGCGGAGCCCCUGAAGGAGCUGUUCAAGCAGCAGGAGGCCGUGCGUGGGAAGCUGCGCCUGCAGCACAGCAUCGAGCGGGAGAAGCUGAUCGUCUCCUGCGAACAGGAGAUCCUGCGGGUUCACUGCCGGGCGGCGAGGACCAUCGCGAACCAGGCGGUGCCGUUCAGCGCCUGCACCAUGCUGCUGGACUCGGAGGUGUACAACAUGCCCCUCGAGAGCCAGGGUGAUGAGAACAAGUCAGUGCGGGACCGGUUCAACGCCCGCCAGUUCAUCUCCUGGCUGCAGGACGUGGACGACAAGUAUGACCGCAUGAAGACGUGUCUCCUGAUGCGGCAGCAGCACGAGGCCGCGGCCCUCAACGCUGUGCAGAGGAUGGAGUGGCAGCUGAAGGUGCAGGAGCUGGACCCCGCCGGGCACAAGUCCCUGUGUGUGAACGAGGUGCCGUCCUUCUACGUGCCCAUGGUCGACGUCAACGACGACUUCGUGCUCCUUCCGGCCUGA